GCAUGCGCAGUUUGCGCACACGCUCCUCCGACGGAAGGCUUGAUGAUGGUGAUGAUGAUGUUUAUGAUGGUGAUAAUGCUGCGCAGAUUCAGAAACUUCCAGAUUCAAGCCCUGACGCUUCGACAUGAGCACUGAAACCUGACAGAAGGACAGCAGGAGAAUGAGACUGCGGAGUGUAGAUAAACAUUGGCAGCGCGGGCAGCGGAUGGUGAUUUAUGGGACGGUCUUCCUCAUCAUGACCCUCCUCAUCCUCUACAGCUCCAGCAGCUCGGCUGAUCUUUACACCACCUUCGAAGUCAACCAGUUUCACUUCACCAUCAAACACACCAACCUCAAGAAAUGGGCCGGGAACGAGGGAUACGUUCCUGUUUACGGGAACAAGAGCAUGAAGCUGCACUGCCAUCAGUGUGCGUUAGUGACCAGCUCCAGUCACAUGUUGGGGACUCACGCCGGAGACGAGAUCGACCGCACAGAGUGUGUCAUCCGCAUGAACGACGCGCCAACCUCUGGCUACGAAUCAGACGUGGGGAACCGGACCAGCGUGCGCGUCGUGGCUCAUUCCAGCGUGUUCCGGGUGGUUCGCAAACCCACAGACUUCCUGAAUCGCUCAGAGAGCCCUGCCAUCAUAUUCUGGGGUCCGUCGACAAGGAUCGGCCGCGAGGCGAAGGGAACGCUGUACAGACUGAUCCAGAGAGUCAGUAUGACCUACAGUAACCUGUCCUUCUUCCUCAUCUCACCUGGCAAAAUGCAGAAGUUUGACUCGCUCUUUCAGAAAGAGACCGGCCGAGACAGAAAAAGGUCUCAGUCCUGGUUAAGCACCGGCUGGUUUACCAUGGUGAUUGCUAUUGAGAUGUGUGACAACAUAAAGGUUUAUGGGAUGGUGCCGCCAAACCAUUGUGGGAAGCGUCCUCAGCCCAAACGGUUGCCCUAUCACUAUUACAAGCCCAGAGGUCCAGACGAGUGUGUGACGUACCUCCAGAACGAGAGGGGGCGCCGUGGAGCACACCACCGCUUCAUCACUGAGAAACAGGUGUUUGCACGCUGGGCCAAGCAGUACAACAUCAGCUACAGACACCCGGCCUGGUGAGAAACUGUCCUGCUGAGCCGGAGCCAACAUGGCGGCUGUCUUUAACAACGUUUGAGGCCAAGACCAAGCCAAUCUUAGUUUAAUGAACAGAUGAUGGAACGCUUAUCGUCUGAAGCAUGCCGUAAAGUUUUCUCUUACAGUGAUUUUCACGUCUUGUCAACACAUCUGAGCGUUACUCGUGUGAAACUACUAGAAACAGAAUCGAACUACUUUACAAGAUUAAGAGUAUGUUUUAUCAUGUAAAUAAGAACUAUGAAAAAAAGAAUUAUUUUUACAAGUUUAUAUGGUUUUAAAAUGCCCUAUAAAAGACAAUAUUACAAUUAACUAUUUAAAAAAACACACCUUUUUUUUAAUGGCCAGGUGAAUGGUCAUCAUUUUCAGAUAAACUGCACAUUUUGUUCUGCUUUAUGGAGAGCUAUUUAUGCCUUUAUACCAUUAUCAGGAAGUCAUAUGAAAUCUGACUAAAUGUCAGUCAGUUCUAGAACAUCCCAGAACUCCAUAUAAUUGGUUCUAGAGCUUCGCUGAAAAAUCCACUACAAGAACAUGCCCGGGUCAUUUUUCCUUACAAAAUUAAAGAAAACCAGGCUUAUAUAGGACAAUUAAUAUGUUAAUAUGUUGACAAAAACACUCAACAAAUUAAUUAAAACUUCAACUAUAAUUAGAACGCAAAGGGAACAUUUAAAAAUAAAAGCUAAUUUAAAUAUUAACUAAUAAAUUAUUGGAAUAAAUCUUAAAGAUAAAAUAAUUAAAAAUGACUAAAACUGGAAAACAUAAUAAAUACAAUUUGACAAACACAAAUAUUUUUUUUUAAUACAAACAGAAAACAAUAUCGUGCUUGACCUAAAACAGGCUUCAUUUAAAAUAUUCAUCUUUCUGUUCAUUUGUUUGUGGGGUGAAGUAUGACCCGAACAUAUCAUAUAACCUAAGAAGUAAACAAAAUGCAUUCUAUUCAGAAUCAAUCACAAACAGACUGUGUCGCUGUGUGUCAGUGGUGUCUUGAGGCCCUUCAGUUUACCAUGACCUUUUUACCAUGUAUUAGCAGUAUUUCAUAAGACUGCUGUAAAUGCUGUGCACUCACUGGAGGACUGUGCUUUCAUUGGACAACUCAAGUUGUUGUUGGUAACAGUUAGUGCUCGUCUGGGUAACUUCUGUGCUGCUUUGAAUGUCUUGCCUUCACUCAAAACCCAGAAAUAACAGCUGCUCAAUAACACAACCACUCCGAAUGAUUUGCAUUAAAGGAACAGUAAAAAAAUGAACAUUUGCUGUUAAUGUGCUCACCUUCAGGUCGUCCAAGAUGAGUUUGUUUCUUCAUCAGAUUUAGAGAACUGUAGCAUUGCAUCAGUGUCCCACCAGUGGAUGGUCUGCAGUGAAUGGGUGCCGUCAGAAUGAGAGUCCAAACAGCUGAUAAAAACAUUUUUAUUUUUGAAUGAACUACUCCUCUAAGUACUUCUCUAAUCGUCAAAAAUCAACAAGCAUGAGACGAACAUAUUGAAUGAAACAUUUCGUUGUAAACAUUCCAAAUAUUAAAUAUUUAAUGUUCAAGUCCUGCUCAAUUAUCACCCAUAAUGUUAAAACCUUCAGAAUUUUUUUUUCUUCAUCCAUUCAUUUGGUUAUUUAAAAUUAACCAUCUGCCCGAGCGCAAGAGCAGAGGGAUUGUGGGUAAUAACCAUCUGGGGCAUUUGUAUUAAGAUGCUUUCAUUCUGGAAGGGUUGCAGACCAAAAUCAGAAUGUAUUAUUAUGAGAAUGAUGAUUAUAACUUGACUGUAUGAUCUGAUUGUUUUGCUCGUUUCUCAUUAUGAAUGUUCUGUACAUGCCUGUCUUAGA